AUGGACACCGAGCCCUUCGACGAGGCGGAGCUCCUGGUGCUCCCAGCGUCCCCCGUCGCGUCCCCGCCUCGCUGCCUUAAGCGCCUCAAGAAAUUAUCCUCCCAAACCACCGCCGCCACUACAACUGCCACUACCACCAGCUUUCCUGCCGGCUCCCCGCCUCCGCCUCUGUCGCCGCCGCCGCAGGCCGAGGCGACACCGGGCCAGGAAACCCUAGCGCCGAGCCCGUCCCCUCCCCGCGACCCGUCCCCGCGCCCGCCGACGCCGCCAGAUGCGGAUGCCCCGACCCCGCUACCGCAUUCCUCUCCCGCCCCCGUGUCCUCGCCGCUGCCGCCGACCGACACCCCCGACGACGACAGCGACGAGUACGAGGACGACGGGCUCGACCCGCUGUUCUCGGAGACCGUCGUUGCCGGGGUGUGGGACCCGCUGGGCACGCCGGCCGAAGGGGACGGUGAGGACGACGACGACUUGGGGCUGGGAGGCGGCGGCCUCAUCGAGGAGCUGCGGAGGGAGCAGAUGUCGGCGAAGAAGCGGCUCGACAUGGACGAAGCUGACGGGGAGGUGGCUUCCGGGGCGGCGGCGGAAGGCAAGGGGAAGAGGAGCAAGAGGAAGAGGAAGGAGGCGCCGCCGCCCAAGGAGUCGGUCCGGGAGAAGAAGCGGUCUGAGAAGGAGAGGAGGGCGCAGCUUGAUUCGAUCCAUGCUGAGUCACAGAGGCUGCUGCGAGAGACGAGGAGGGUCUCGUUCAAGCCAAUUGUGCAGCCAGUUCACAAGCCCAUCUCAUCUGUCCUGGAGAAGAUCCGCCUGCGUAAGAUGGAGGUUCUGAAGAAAUCACAUACAUCUAUUGAAGACAGUGAUGACAAUGAUGCUGCUCCAGAGCCAGUGAUUGAUUCUGUUGUGCAUUUGGAUGUGCCUCAGUCUAAAGAAGUGACACUUGAUGAUAGAUAUUUGAGGAUUGAUGGCGCUGAAAAGGAGCUUGGAACAAACAGCCAUGGCCUUGAUCAGUGUGAUAGUGUUCAAGAGGAUGAGGAUGGUUUGAGUUGCAAGGAGAAGGAUAUCCAUAAUUGUGGUACCAAAGCUUCAGAUGAGGAAAUUUCUGAUCGAUUGCAAGAGAAUCAUGAGAACACCCAGCCAAGUGAUAACCAUAACGAUUUGGUAGAUCAAACUCAACUGCCCCAUUCUUCAAGCCCUACCGAGAGUACAGAUGAAACUUCAUCAGAAGAUGAAGAAGAAGAUAAUGAUAAAGAGAACAUGGACCCAGGCACUCAGAAUAAUGAUGUACAUACUCAUGAACACCUCCAACGAGCCAUUGGAGGAGACUCAUGCUCAGGUGAUGCCAUCAUAAAGGAUUUUCUAGAUGAUGAAGCUGAGGAAGAGGAUGAUAGUGACAAUGACAUGAUGAGAUUUAAGGACAAUGAAGAAGAUGAUGGAAGUGAUGAAAACGAGGUAUUCAAUGAUCUAAUAGCAGCUGGCUAUGAAGAAAAAGAAGUAGAUCAUGAGAAGCGUAAUGAACUCCACCAAAAGUGGCUUGAGCAACAGGAUGCUGCUGAAACAAAUAAUGUUAUGCAAAGGCUGAAGUUUGGUCAUCAGGAGCAAAAAGCAUCAGCAUAUGAAGAUGAAGACGAAGACAAAGACGAAGAUGUAGAAGACUGUGAGGAAGGAUCACAGAAUGAAGAUUUAACUCCAACAAAUGUUGUGCGACAAAAUUCGGAGAAGGCAAAACAGAUGAUUGCAAAGAUGUUCGAAGAUGAUAAUGAUACUUACGAGCACUCGGAUGAUGAGGAAAUAGAGGAGCAUUUGGCUCGUCAACGCAUUUCAAAGCGAGAAGUUGAUAGUAAUACAUUCAUAUCCCCAUUAGAAGAUGACAGCUCAAGGGAAGUAUUUAGUCUAAUAAAGAAGCUCAAUAUUGCUCCUCAGCCUAAGCGGAGAGGAAAGCAAUCAACAUCAAAUCAUGAAAUGCUUAUGGCUGGAAGGAACAGCAGUGCUUCAAAGUCAUCAUUUCUUGGACGAACUGCCAGUGGUUCACUGGCAUCUUCUCACAGAUCAGUCUAUAGAUCCUAUGUAUUUGGUCGUGAUGACAGCAAUAGCAGCAGGAGUUGCAUUUCUACUUCAGAGAGUAAUUCAGAUAUGGACCAAACCAACUCUUCUCAACCCAAGAAGGCCAAGUUCAGUUCACAGCCAAAACCAGUGGGGACAAGGGCAAAUACAGAGUGUAACACGAAUUCUGGUGUUUCCCUCUUUGACAUCCUGCGCAGGACUUCAGAGCAAAGCAGUCAGGAAAGCUGUAACACAAUCACAGAGAGUCAAGCUGUGCAUCAGUUCUCGGCAUUCAAAUUAUCAAGGAGGUUUUCUAGGAUUUUGAAUUCUGACCACCGGCCUGGAAGUGCAGGACGAAAGCUGUCUAGAAAAAGGCCUCAGGUGAGGCUCAUGAAAAAGGGAGAUGAGAAUGGCUCCUAA